CAAGGACGACAGGGUGACUUUGAAGAAGGAAAUUGGACUUUUGAGCGCGUGCGCCAUCAUCAUCGGAUGCGUUUACUUCAUUUUUUUCACCCCCUCUGGCUGGGCGGAAAGUUGCAUCAGAGCCUGCAUACGUGGCUGGAUCAUGCUGAAUUGGAAAGAUUUAUUUCGGCAACAUCAUCGGCUCGGGCAUCUUCGUGUCCCCCAAAGGCGUCCUGGAGCAUGCUGGCUCAGUGGGGCUGUCGCUCAUUGUGUGGGUAUGUGGAGGAGGGAUCUGCGUGCUGGGUUCAAUGUGCUACGCCGAGCUGGGCGUCACCAUCCCAAAGUCGGGAGGAGACUACUCAUACGUGACGGAGAUCUUCGGCGGACUCGUCGGCUUCCUGUUGCUAUGGAGCGCCGUGCUCAUCAUGUAUCCAACCACGCUGGCAGUCAUCGCGCUCACCUUCGCCAACUACGUGCUGCAGCCCGCCUUCCAGAACUGCCUGCCGCCCUAUACCGCCACCCGGUUGCUGGCCACCAUCUGCGUCAUGUUCCUGACAUGGGUGAACUGCUCUAGUGUGCGCUGGGCCACGAGGAUCCAGGAUGUAUUCACGGUGGGGAAACUGCUGGCUCUGGGCCUCAUCAUUAUUGUGGGACUGGUUCAAAUUGGUCGAGGCUACUACGAUGCUCUGAUGCCCAGUGUGGCCUUCGAGUUCAGUCAAGAACCGUCCGUGGGUCAGAUCGCGCUGGCCUUUCUGCAGGCGUCCUUUGCUUACAGUGGCUGGAACUUCCUCAACUACGUCACCGAGGAGGUGGUAGAGCCACGCAAGAACCUGCCCCGUGCCAUUUACAUCUCCAUCCCCUUGGUGACGCUGGUGUACACAAUGACCAACAUCGCCUACUUCUCCUCCAUGACCCCUGAGGAGCUGCUAGCGUCCAAUGCCGUGGCAGUGACUUUUGGUGAAAAGCUGCUGGGCAUGUUCUCUUGGGUGAUGCCAAUUUCCGUAGCCCUGUCCACCUUUGGAGGUAUCAACGGAUAUCUUUUUACCUCCUCCAGGUUGUGUUUCUCAGGAGCCAGAGAGGGUCACCUGCCUUACUUGCUGGCCAUGAUCCACCUGAAGAACUGCACCCCCAUCCCCGCCCUGCUGGUCUGCUGCUUCGCCACCAUCGUCAUCCUGUGCAUCGGUGAGACGCACAACCUUAUCAACUAUGUGUCCUUUAUCAAUUAUCUGUCGUACGGCGUCACCAUUGCCGGCCUGCUCUACCUCCGCAAAAAGAAGCCAGAUCUGGUGCGACCAAUCAAGGUGAACCUGCUGAUCCCCGUAGCCUACAUGGUGUUCUGGGUCGUGCUGCUGUGCUUCAGCCUGUACUCUGAGCCGGUGGUGUGCGGCCUGGGCAUGGUCAUCAUGCUCACCGGCGUGCCCGUCUACUUUGUGGGCGUCUGGUGGAAGAACAAGCCCACGUGGAUUUAUAGAUUCACAGAGAAACUGAACUACAUGGGCCAGAAGACGUGUUACGUGAUGUUCCCUCAGGAGGACCCGGCCGAGGCAGAACUCCUCACGUCUUCCAAAAGCAGAGACUGAGCCUUUAUCGCCCCCGAUGGGCUAAUUCGUACUUACACCCUUUUUGAAAUAUGCUAUUAUAGACACACAGUACACACACAAACACAAGACAGAUGCAGUACACCUGGAAAGUAUUCCCAGUGCUUCACUUUUUCCAUAUUUUAAGUUAGAGCUUGAUUCCAAAAUGGAAUAAAUUAAUUUUUCUGAAAAUUCUACACGACACCCCAUAAUGACAACACACCAACAUUUUUUUUUUUUUCGUUUUUGCAAAUGUCUUUGCUUGGUUUGUGGCCUGACAUGCACUGUCACUGUCAACGUUGGGGAGCUCAGAAAGGUGUGUGCCUUUCCAAAUCAUGCCCAAUAAUUUUAAGCUGCAGAAACAUGUCAACGAUGAUCAUUGGAAACACGAUCCACCUGAGCUUAUUUUUUAGCUUCAUGGCAAAGGCUGUGUGUGAAUAUUUAUGGACAUAUGAUUUAUUUUUUGUAAUUUUUUUUUAUUUACCUACAUUUGCUAAAAUUGGGAAAAAGAAGAAAAAUAAAUGUACAUCAUUAUGUGUAGAAUUUUGAGAGAAAACUAUUAAGUCAGUCCAUUUUGGAAUGAGGCUGUAACAUGCAGGUAAAAUUUGGAAAACCAGAAGUACUGUAAAUGCUUUCUGAUCCACACACGCACACACGUACACACACAAACGGACGUAUUUCGGGGUUUGGUGCCACCCACAGGUCAAAACGUGCAUACUUUUGGUCAGGAAGUGUUUGCAACAGGACUUGAACACGCACUACCGGACCUCAAGCCUUUCCCACAUCCAGCACUUUCUGUUUGUUUGUUUUUUGUCGCACAAAUGAUUGGGGUGUUUACCGCAAUUUUGAAAAUAAUUUUUUUUCUAUGCAUGUUGCCCUUUUUUGUCCACACUAAAACGAAUUUUAGCUGACAGAAAACAGAUUAAAUUUAAUGUGAAGACUU